AUGGCAUCGAGCUCGCGCGCACCUCCACCCAGCCAGCCUGAAGGAACAUACAACGUCUACCAAAGCCACCCUUUAGCCGCAGCAGCUUAUGAGGCUUCUGAACUCCACCUUCACGCAGCAGCACUCUACGUUACUACUCUGCUUGAUACUCACGGUAUCCCCAACGCUUUGAUGGGAGGCUUCUCCAUGUACUUGCGCGGAAGUACUCGAGUAACUCACGAUAUCGAUGUUGCUGUAGGAUGUGACAUGCAAACUCUUUUGCAAGCUUUGAGCACAGACAAACGUGUCGUGCGUCCACUUGGACCGGUCUCGGGUGUGAUGAGGGUUUUUGUCGGGGUUGGAGGGGAACAUGAGCCCUCUAUAUCCUCGCUUCAUGUCAGCGUUGACCUCAUCCUGCAAGGCUCACUCGGUGCACCACUUGACCCCAGUGCCUCGUCCGACCUCAUUUCUCACGUAUCACCAAUCACCAACACUGCAACUCAGUAUCGUAUCAUCAAUGUUCCCGCCAUAAUGAGCGCCAAACUCAACGCUUUCUUCGGCCGGGCAUCUCAGAACGAUUACCAAGAUAUCAUAUUCCUGCUCACGAAAUAUCCACAAGAGAUAUACGACUGUAGAGCACAGUUGAAUCAGGAGCAUAGACAAGCUUUCGUAGAGCAGUAUCUUGCGAGAGGAGCAGGACAAGGGAAGUUGAAAGCUGCAAAACAUAUACUGGGUAUCGUAUAG